CUUCUGACUCUCCAUGUCGUGUCCUCAGGAUCAGGUUUGAUGUCUGCGUCCGUCCUGUCUCCAUCGCCGUGGGGACGCGUCACUCUUAUGUGUAGACUCCUCCUUCUGGCCGCCUCCCCGCUCCUCGCAGCAGGCCGCCUCAGUAACUGCACCCACCCUCUGGUGCCGGAGCAUGGGGGGUUCCGCUGUGACCCGUCUCCGUGUCGGGGGUUCCCCCAGAAGAGCUCCAUCCACUUCUUCUGUGAGCCCGGUUACCAUGUCAACAGCAAGGUGCGCGUCUCCAGGUGCCGACACGGGAGGUGGAUGCCCCCCAUCCCCGCCUGCACUCCUCUCAGAGGUGAGAAUGCAACAAUAACGCAUUCCAUUUCAUUUAUUUUAUCCCAAGCGACUUACAUUAAGUGCAAAAACCAUCCAGAUUCAAACUCCGACCAACAAAGAUAG